AUGGCAUGGUCCUCGGCAGUGUCCAGCAUUUGGGAAGGAGUGCACAAUCUGGUCAUUGUAGAAAAAUCAGAUGGAUCACUGAGAAUUUGCCUGAAUCCAAUAGAUUUAAAUAAAGCGAUAAAACGAAAACCGAAUGUACUUAUACCAACUGUGGAAGAAAUAAGUGAAAAACUUCGUAACAAAAGCAUUUUUACUGUUUUAGAUUUAAAGGACGGAUUUUGGCACGUUGAAUUGGAUGAAAAAUCGAGUGAACUAUGCACAUUUAGCACUAUCUUUGGCAGCUGGAAAUUUAACAGGCUACCCUUUGGAGUUAAUAUGGCACCAGAGUAUUUCCAAGAAGUAAAUGAAAAAAAUUUUGGAGACAUUGAGGGUGUUAUUAUAUAUUUUGUUGAUAUUUGUAUUUCGGCAGAAACAGAAGAAGAGCAUGAUAAGAUAUUAGAUCAGGGUGGUGUGCAAAUUGAUCAGGAGAGAAUUAGAGCAAUUGAUGCUAUUGAAAAUCUAAAAUCAAAGGCAGAAGUUCAAAAAAUAUUAGGAACAGUGAAUUAUGUCAGAAAAUUUAUACCGAAUUUAAGUGAAUUAACAGCUCCACUCCGAGAGUUGCUAAAGGAUGGUGUUGAAUUUCAGUGGUUUGAAUCUCAUUCUAAAGCCUUGCAAGAAAUAAAAGCGGCCUUAAAAAAUGCACCUGUUCUUGCAAAUUUUAACGCGAAUAUUGAAAUUUUCAUCCAGUCUGAUGCGUCAAAAUCUAGUCUAGGAAUUGAAAAAACUAAAUCUAGAGCAAGACAGUUACUCUAUUGGCCAGGUCUUAUGAGUGAAAUUGAAAAUAUGAUAUCGAAAUGCACUAUUUGUGAAAGGUACAGAUCUCUGAAUAGUAAAGAGCCAUUAAUAGUGCAUGACAUACCUGAUAUUCCGUUUAACAAAAUCGCAUGUGAUAUUUGUGAAUUUGCGGGAAAGAAUUAUCUUGUAAUACAAGAUUAUUAUUCGAAAUGGUUAGAAAUGUUAGAAAUAAAGAACAAAACUGCUAGUGAAGUCAUUAUAAAUCUCAAAACAGUAUUUGCGACACAUGGAAUACCAAAAAUUAUAGUUUGCGAUAAUCAACCGUUCAGUUCUUAUGAAUUUAACAUGUUUGCACAACAGUGGAAUUUCGAUAUAACCACUAGUUCUCCAUACUACCCGAGAAGUAACGGUCAAGCGGAGCGAGCUGUACAGGUAGCUAAAAAAUUACUUAAAAAGUGUAUUGAUGAUAACAAAGAAUUGACAGUAGCAUUAUUAGAAUAUCGAAAUACUCCCAUAACAGGUCUUGUUGUAUCCCCUGCACAAAUAAUUUUUAGCAGACGCACGCGAACAAAACUUCCAAUACAUUCAGAAUUACUUAAGCCAAAAGUUGAGCCACAGGCUCAUCAGCAGAUCAAAAAGAGGCAGGAAAUUUAUAAACAAUAUCAUGAUAAAAAUUGUAGAACAAAACGUGAUCUAAAUGUCGAUCAACUACUGCCAGGUAGAGAUUUUAAUAGAAUCAUAAAUGUUGAAGAUAGUCAAAACAGACUACCAAAUAAUAAUAACGUAGCUGAACAUAGAAUAAAUAGGGAUGUAAAUGAUUUGCCUGCUGAUGAACCUGAGGCCCAAUUAAGAAUUGAAAAUAACGCUAAUCAGAAUAUUGGAGUUACGAGAACUGGUCGCAUAAUUAAGGAACCAGUUAGAUUUAAAGAUUAUUAUAGAUUUGAAUUACAAUAA